AAACAUCCACAGCGUGCAAUACAAUCACUUUUCAAACCUCAGUGCCGCCUCGCCACAUCAUCACACCUGCAAACUUAAGCCCGAUUGUUCGCUUCGCACAACCAGUUUCCUUUUUAUUUUCUCUGAGGUUUUGGGGGAUUUUUGUCUCGUUUUUAGGGUGAUUUUUGAAGGACUAUUGGUGAUUCAAAUCGGCGACCAUGUCACUCAAGUGGUUUUUGUUGGUGCUUUUGGCGUUUGUCGUUCUGGAUGAAAGAGUUGUUGCAGAUCCACCAUGCCAGGAAAAUCCCUACACACAAAAAUGCUUAGGUACCAUUGUUUCACGUUCAAAGAAGAAUUCACUGCAAAAUGAAGAACCAAUAGAUCCGAUGACGGAUCCUGCCUGGUUCGAGCACCUAUUGAAACCAGCCGUUGAACCAACAUGCAAACUAAGGGAUAUCUUCAAUUUACUGUCAAACGAUUGCCGAUCAGAAUUAAUUCAGAUUUUAAACUUGCUGCUGACGAAUCCGGAUUACUGAAAAUGACUUCUUUUGGAUGCCCCUGCACAAUCAUUUCAUUUCUUCCCUCUAUAAUUGGACAUGUUACUAGCACAUGGAACAGUCGUCGACCUAACGUCAAGCCACAUUUUUGGCGCGAAUUUUACAUCAUGGCCUUAAUACCACAGUUAACUAAACUGGAGUUCAAGUAUCAUUAAUAACUCUGCAUCUUUAAAUACAAUUUAAAAUAUAAAACCCAUUGUAAUCCUAAACUUGCCUUAAAACAAAUUUCUCAUGCUGACACAAUUAUUGUCAACAGAGUUUUUAACCAAUGUUAUCAACUUUUGUUUAACAUCUUUUAAAUAUAGCUUCGUUUAUUGUUAAUAUUAUUUGUUGUUUCAUCUAUAUGAUAUAGCAAAUGUUGCACAAUGUUUUAUAACAGGAGACUCUGGAGCGCAAGGUGGCAGCAUAUUACCAGGUAAAUUGUCAUGCUUACGUAGUUCUGAGCAUGCGCACAUUACCGAGAACAAUGGAUUUACCUUGUAAGUCUGCUGCCACCUAGCGUUCCUGCCCUUAAAGCACAUAAAGACAGUUGCACACAGCUUAGACCAGACAUUGUUGACCAGUUUGCACUUUUUGUUUUUUUUGUGUCUCAAAAAUGAAGGUAAAUUCUAAAAGGCACCCCUAGAGAUGAAUAUUUUCAAUAGCUCUGCCGAUUGUCUUAGAGAGACUGCAAUGAAUAUUUUCAAUAGCUCUGCCGAUUGUCUUAGAGAGACUGCAAUGAAUAUUUUUAAUAGCUCUGCCGAUUGUCUAAAGUUAAGUUAAGUUUGAGUGUAACGGACUUAUUAUAUGGAUUGCGGACUCUUUCUUACAGGAACGUUACAGAAUUGGUAAGAAA